CUGAACAGUUCACUUCCGGUAAAGCUUGCAGUUGUUAACAGGUUGGUGGAGCGGUGGAAAAGAAGCGAACCCUCAAACUAAGCAACAAAACAAACCCGUUUAAGAUGGCCGGGACGGCUUCGGUAGCUGGCGAGGUUUUCGUGGACGCUUUGCCGUAUUUCGACCAGGGUUACGAUGCUCCAGGUGUCAGAGAAGCGGCCGCAGCGCUGGUUGAGGAAGAGACGAGAAGGUACCGGCCCACAAAGAACUACCUCAGCUACCUGCCUACGCCGGACUUCUCUGCCUUUGAGACAGAAAUUAUGAGGAACGAAUUUGAGCGGUUAGCAUCCCGGCAGCCCAUGGAGCUCCUCAGCAUGAAGAGAUAUGAGCUGCCGGCGCCCACAUCGGGACAGAAGAACGACAUCACGGCGUGGCAGGAGUGCGUGAACAACUCCAUGGCCCAGCUGGAGCACCAGGCGGUCCGCAUUGAGAACCUGGAGCUCAUGUCGCAAUACGGAACCAACGCGUGGAAAGUCUACAACGGCAACUUGGCCUUCAUGAUCGAGAUGGCUCAGAAGGAGCUUCAGAAGUUCAGGAAGCAAAUCCAAGAUUUGAACUGGCAGCGUAAGAACGACCAGUUGGCGGCUGGGGCCAAACUCCGCGAGCUGGAGUCCAACUGGGUGUCGCUGGUCAGCAAGAACUAUGAGAUCGAGCGGGCCAUCGUCCAGUUGGAGAACGAGGUCGGUCAGCUGCGACAACAGCAGGGCGACGAGAACAAGGAGAACAUCAGACAGGACUUCUAGAGCAGGACCAGCCGAGCCCCGGACUCUAAUUUGUUCUCAGCAGGAUCAACUCCCUUUAGUUCAGACUAGGAAGCAGUCCGAGCGAGAGGAAGUUGGUCUAAAACCUCAGAUUUAACUGACUUUACACCGAGUAAAACAGGAGUGGAGCAGUUCUGCCGUUUCAGGAAGCUGCUGGGAGAAGUUUCUUUUUUUCCUGCUUCUGAAACGCUGGCGGCAGCUUUUUUUCCCCCUCAUUUCCUGCAUGCCUCUCUGAUAAAUGUGAUUUCAGUCAGACUGCAGGCGUUUGAAGUUGCCUUUCAUCCACGAGGUGUUUGGGGAAAGUGUACAUACUUUGUCAAGUCUGCUAGAGACUAUAUUAGCUGUUAGCCCUACGUUGUUUCUCAAUUUUACAGAAAAUAUUUGUAAUAAAACCAGUUCUUCUAA